AUGUGGCUCCUAGAGAAGAUCAGAGGCUCAGUAGAGAACGGAAGUUCUCGGGGAAAUGACUCUGGAGACAAGCAAUCCAAGGGCCCCUUGUACAGCAACGUCCUGACCCCUGAUAAGAUCCCUGACUUCUUCAUUCCCCCUAAACUGCCAACGGUGCCUCCAGAGGCAGAGGGGGCGGAAGGGAAAGUGAAGCCCAACCUGGGCACCUCAGCCUCUGAACAGAACCUCUCAGCCCGCAAGCCCCAGCGUAGUCCCCGGUUGCCUGUGAAGGCUGUUUCUGAGAGCAAGAACCUCCUGAAGGCUGCCAGUCGGCACAUAAUCCAGAUCGAGAGUGCAGACGAGUGGAUGUCCGAGGAGGACUUCAGCACCAAUGCAGACCCCCAGUCCCAGACAGCCAUGUCGCUGCCAUACGUGCCCAAAGCCCAGACUUCGUAUGGCUUUGCGACACUCAUGGAGAGUCCUCACACACGGCGCAAAGAGUCUCUUUUCCACAGUGAGCACACCAGCCUGUGCCCCUCCCAGUCCUCCUCGCCCAGCUCCCAGAGAAAGGCUGGUGGGAGCAAGACAAAUGGAGAGAGCGCCCACCUCAACCCUUCAGAUAUCAACAUGUCUCUCAUGAACCCUUACCGCUACUUCAGUGGUGGGGAGAGUGAUACGUGCUCAUCUGCCGAAUCAUCCCCCUUCGGCUCGCCGUUGCUUUCACGAUCAGUGUCUCUUCUCAAGAUCUUCAGCCAGGAGAGUCAGUCAAAAGUAAUCAAGCUGAAACAUUCUGUAGCUCGGAACAGUUCCCUUUCCACGGAUGACAGUUCCGCUGAUACCAGCCCAAGCUCACAGCGGCGCAUGCGCUGUGCCACCCCUCCAGCAGGGGGUGCAGCUGGGGGUGUGCAGCAGCAGUCUCUUGCAGCUGCUGACCCUCAAGACCGACUUCACAAAGAACACACCAUCAACUUGAACAAAGGAGGCAGCAUGCGCCUGGUGGCCGAGUAUGACCCUUCCAAUGCUCGCUUGCGGGUACGCAUUAUCACUGCUGAAGACCUCUAUGACAAACACUGCGAUGCGCGGAGCAUUAACUGCUGUGUGGCCCUCUACUUGAACCCAGGGAAGCUGCAGAAGCAGCGGAGCACCAUCAUCAAGAAUAGCCGCAACCCCAUUUUCAAUGAGGAUUUUUUCUUUGAUGGCUUGGGGGCCGGCAAUGUCAAGAAAAUGUCCCUCAAAGUCAAGGUGGUAAACAAGGGCAGCAGCCUCAAGAGAGACACACUUAUGGGUGAGAAGGAGCUCCGCUUAACGUCCUUGCUUCCUUUUUUAUAAAUCUCUCCUGGAUGUCCUGCGGUCACACCUGUCCCUUGAUGGUCUCUUCCCCUGCCCAAAAAGGAGAAGGGGUUGGAGGCCACCCUAAAGGUUUGAUGAUGGCCAAUCUGUGUUCCCCCCAAAGGUCAUUGCAUGCAUGGGGUGGGGAGGGCGGAACAUCUCAGCAUCUUAGGGUGGAACCUCAGAGGCUGGCCGGGGGCCCUUUCCUCGCAAGGACAGCCCCUCUGCUUGGCGGGGCCUUGGCUUGGGUAUGUCCGGAAGGCCUGCUGGUUUCUGCAGGGAGAAUGCAGAGGCAAGGAGAGCGGUUCCUUAUCGUGCCAGAUUGGGAGGGCCAGAGAGGGGAGAGGGGGCCCUUCAAUCCAAUUUUCCUGGGAGUGGGAGGUGGGUGCAUGCCUAUACCACGUGUACAUCCCCUCCUGGUUUCCCUUGAAACGCAUGCAGGAAGGCAGAUUUGCCUUCCGCUUUUGAGAUGCAUGCUUGUUGUGCCUCAAUGCGCCUCGCCUGGCAGCACACAAACAAUCUGAUGGAAAAUAGUUUAAACAGCCAGACUGCCUUAUGGAAAGAGGGG